CCUGUUUCUUCUUCUUACACACCCACACUGACACAGUCACUGGUUCGCCAAAGUGAAGUGCGUAACGUACCUUAAAUCACUGCUGAAUAAAAGAGUGACUUCAUCCAUAUAUCAAAGGUUUAAAAGUUCGACACAUAGCUUAUAAUUGUACGGAAUAGGCUGUGAAGCCAAAGAGUAUUUCAGGUACUACGGACAGGUAUGUGCUUGAAGAAGAAAUAGGAAAAAGCAAGAGGCCGCAAUUGCUAACUGAUAUUCUGUCAUUACUACUAUCUACAUCCAGUACAAUAUUUUCUGUUUGGAAAUUAAAGGACACCAAUUGAAAAAGAAAAUAAAGAAAUCCUUUAUGGAUCAAAUGCUGCUCUUAGGCCAUGCUGGGUCCAGACUGCCAUGGCCGUGGUCGGCCUUUGCUUCAAGAUACCUAUCUGUAUUAUUAAUACUCGUCGUUUUGCUGUGCUGUGGAAACGUGGUUCUUCUCGAGCUGGUAUCCUUCUUUACUAAUGUUUGCAACGCAAGUGAGUCAAACCUAGAGAUGAAAGCAGAUGGUGGAGAUGAUAGGCCGCAUAAACUGAAGGAAGUCACUCCUUCCCUCGGGGCGCACUUCAAUAACCAUGAGGAGUUCCCUUACCGAUACCCAAUUAAUGAACCUCAUCUAUGCCGUGGCGGGGUCUUCAUCAUCAACAUCAUUCCUGUAGCUUUGUCUAACUUUGAGUCACGCCGUAGAAUCAGACACACCUGGGCUAGUCGGGCAACAAGAGAAAGUAUCGACAUAAGGAGUGUCUUCCUCGUGGGCGUCACCAACAACACUAAAUACCAACAGCUCAUUGAUGAGGAAAGCCGAACCUACCACGACAUCAUUCAAGUGAAUAUCAUUGACAACUAUCGCAACCUGUCGCUAAAGACGUUAACAAUUCUUCACUGGACUACGACAUAUUGCCCUGGAGCAUCUUGGCUCCUAAAGAGUGAUGACGAUGUGUUCGUCAAUCCCUUUGCACUGAGGAAAAUGUUUUCUGAUAAUAAAAAGGCGGGCUUUCUUUGCUCAAUCAAUCGAUUUCUAUGGGUAUGUCGCAAGGACAAACGGUGCCCUAAAAAGUGGGCAGUAUCAUCACAGGAAUAUCAGCAUAAUAUAUAUCCUCCAUAUUGCACUGGUGCUGCCUAUGCUGUCAACUCCAGCAUGGUCAGGAAAUUAUUGGCUGAUGCGAAUAAAAAACACCCAUUCGUGAUAGAAGACGUAUAUUUCACUGGCAUCCUUGCCUUGCGUUAUAUGGCCGAGUAUGUGGAUAUAAGAAAUAGAUUUUAUUUUCAUGCUUCUAAUAUAACCGAACAAUUUUGGAAUGGUGAAAUAAUAUUUAGUAUGUUUGAAGCAAAUGUCAGAAACGUAUCGUAUUACACUCUUUGGAGUAAGAUUGUUCAUUACUAUCGUAAACAGACUAUGCUCUUACCUUUGGUAAAUGCCAAUGUGUAGAACCAUUUCUCUUCUAAUAAACAUCUUUUUCCAACCAAAAACAGUGUAUGAGGAAAC